AAAAUUUUUAUCAGCUGAUAUUGAUAUUUUUCUCUAAUUGGACAUAAUUCAUAAAUAAAUACACUAAUUGGAAAAAAUACUUUUGGUUCGCACUUGUAAUCCUAAAAACUAUAAAGCAAAAUAUCCAAACCAACAUGUUACUAAUAGAACAGUAUGAACAGCAGUAUGCUGUACUGAUUGCGGAAAUCACAUCUGAAAUCGCACAACUAAAACAAUUGAAAUGGGUGGAACGCCGAGAUCUAAGCUCCAAAAUCGAUGCAAGCCUGGCAGAAGCGCAUGAACUUUUAGAGCAAAUGACCUUGGAAAUACGGGAUGUAGAUGUUACGUUGCGUCCAAGUUUCCAAAAUAAAGUCAGUUGUGCGCAAGUGGAAUUGAAAAGACUACAAUCCGAUUAUCGUGGUGCCAAAGAAGCUCAGCAGAAACAACACAUGACAGUCUUAGAGUUGGGUGGUGGUGAUGGCGAUUAUUAUGAUGAUAUUUCCAUAAGUAAUGAUCAGCGACAACACCUAUUGGAAAAUUCGGAACGUAUAGAGCGCACUGGAAAUCGUUUAGUGGAUGGUUAUCGAGUUGCACUAGAAACAGAGGCGUUAGGCGCUCAAGUGCUUAAUGACUUGAGCCAUCAACGUGAAGUUUUACAUGGCGCACGAGCUCGUUUACGAGAAACCAAUGCGGAUCUAGGACGAGCUUCGCGUACUCUGAAUUCAAUGAUGUUACGAGCAUUACGGGAAAAAUAUGUUCUAUAUGUAGUCGGUGUAUGUUUUGUGGUAGCUGUUGGUGUUAGCCUUUAUUUGACGUUCUCAUCAAGUGCACCCACGGCUUAGUUGGUAAUUUAAGAGUGAUCUUUUUAUUGUUGUAGUAUUAUGUAUGUUAUCGCGUAUAUUUAUUUAGUGCAUUGUCUUUGUGGUCAUAAACGUUAUACAUUCCCUUCUCGGCAAUGUAAUGGGUUUCUUUGUUGAAAUGCACAAAAAAUAUCUAAAAAAUAAGUUUAGAAUAAAUCAUAAAAAAUAUAUACACAUAAUAAUGCCAUGAAAUUCAUGCGUUUUAAUGAAAUUAAUGGAAAUGUAUCCUAGAAAAUUAUUAGAUGCUAAAGUUAUUUACUUUAUUUAAAUUGUUCACUUUAUUUUAUUCAAAGGUAAAAUGUUGCUACAUUUCACGUCUACGACUAUGAGUAUUUGAGAAUAGUGGGUCGCAUUGUUAAAACAAGCCCAAUCUAAAUAUUUUUAUUGUGACAUCUGUUUUAGUAAUGUCCUUUAUUUUCGUACAUAAAUAUAAAAAAAGAGUUUCAUACACCUUUACACCAAUUACGGCAAUACAUACGUAUCUAUAUAAAUAGUGAUGCUUCAGAUUUGGUGUUUUCGCUCCGACAAAAUA